CAUCCAGCCUUGCCCAGAUGUGAAAUAUGGAAAACGUAUCCAUGUGUUGCCAAUUGAUGACACAGUAGAAGGGAUCACAGGGAAUCUGUUUGAGGUCUAUCUCAAGCCAUACUUCCUGGACGUAUACAGACCCAUCAGGAAAGGUGACAUCUUCUUGGUGCAUGGAGGAAUGCGUGCAGUGGAGUUCAAAGUGGUGAAGACAGAUCCAAGUCCUUAUUGCAUAGUGGCUCCAGACACCGUGAUCCAUUGUGAAGGAGAGCCCAUCAAACGAGAGGAUGAAGAAGAGUCAUUGAAUGAAGUGGGCUAUGAUGAUAUUGGUGGCUGCCGGAAGCAGCUGGCUCAAAUUAAAGAGAUGGUGGAACUUUCUCUCCGACGCCCUGCACUCUUCAAGGCCAUAGGGGUGAAGCCUCCACGUGGGAUCCUGCUGUAUGGUCCUCCUGGCACUGGUAAAACACUGAUUGCACGAGCGAUGGCCAAUGAAACGAGGGCUUUCUUCUUUCUGAUCAAUGGUCCUGAGAUCAUGAGCAAACUGGCUGGUGCAUCUGAGAGCAACCUGAGGAAAGCCUUUGAAGAAGCAGAGAAGAACGUUCCUGCCAUCAUCUUCAUUGAUGAACUGGAUGCCAUUGCUCCUAAGAGAGAGAAGACACACGGAGAGGUGGAACGUCGCAUAGUGUCUCAGCUGUUGACUCUUAUGGAUGGACUGAAACAGAGAGCACACGUGAUCGUUAUGGCAGCUACCAGCAGACCUAACAGCAUUGACCCAGCACUCAGGCGAUUUGGUCGUUUUGACAGAGAGGUAGAUAUUGGUAUCCCAGAUGCCACUGGACGCCUGGAGAUCCUGCAGAUCCACACAAAAAAUAUGAAACUGGCCAAUGAUGUGGAUCUGGAACAGGCAGCAAACGAGACCCAUGGCCAUGUUGGUGCUGAUUUGGCUGCUCUUUGCUCAGAAGCUGCUCUUCAGGCUAUCAGAAAGAAGAUGGAUCUCAUAGACCUAAAAGGUGAAACCAUUGAUGCUGAAGUGAUGAACUCACUGGCUGUGACCAUGGAUGACUUCAGGUGGGCUCUGAGCCAGAGCAACCCUUCUGCUCUUCGGGAGACUGUGGUGGAGGUGCCACAGGUUACCUGGGAAGAUAUUGGUGGUCUAGAAGAUGUAAAGAGAGAACUCCAGGAACUUGUACAG